AUGGUAUAUAGAAUAUUCUGCAAAAUUAAGUGUCCUAUUAAUCUGCUUGAUUUCAGGAAUAUAAACAAGGAAACAAAGCUGAAAUUUGUUCAUACUUCAGUGCAUGGUGUAGGCCAUAAAUUUGUGCAAUUGGCCUUCAAGGCAUUUGACCUUAGCCCUCCUUUUGCUGUCCCGGAGCAGAAGGAUCCUGAUCCAGAAUUUCCCACGGUGAAGUAUCCAAAUCCUGAAGAAGGCAAGGGUGUUCUGACAUUAUCUUUUGCGUUGGCUGAGAAAGAUGGGGCAAAAAUCGUUUUAGCGAAUGAUCCUGAUGCUGAUCGACUUGCAGUGGCAGAGAAACAAGAAAGUGGUGAAUGGAAAGUGUUUUCUGGAAAUGAGCUGGGAGCUCUUUUAGGCUGGUGGAUCUUCACUUGUUGGAAAAAUCAAAAUCAGGAUGCUUGUGCCAUUAAGGAUGUUUACAUGUUAUCCAGUACUGUUUCUUCCAAAAUCCUGAGAGCAAUUGCACUGAAGGAGGGUUUCCACUUCGAGGAAACUCUGACAGGUUUUAAGUGGAUGGGGAACCGUGCCAAACAGCUUAUGGAUCAGGGGAAAGCUGUUCUGUUUGCAUUUGAAGAGGCUAUAGGGUAUAUGUGCUGCCCUGCUGUUCUGGACAAAGACGGUGUCAGUGCUGCAGUUAUAGCUGCAGAGAUGGCCAGCUAUUUGGCAACCAAGAACUUGUCUUUGACCCAGCAGCUGAAAGCUGUCUAUGAUGAGUAUGGCUUCCACAUUACCAAAGCUUCAUAUUUCAUCUGCCAUGAUCCUAAAAUUAUUGAACAGCUUUUUGAGAAUCUUCGAAACUAUGAGGGAAAAAAUACUUACCCAAAAUUCUGUGGCAGAUUUAAGGUUUCUGGUGUAAGGGAUCUAACUACCGGCUAUGACAGCAGCCAGCCAGAUCAAAAGGCUAUACUUCCUACUAGCAAAAGUAGCCAAAUGAUAACAUUUACUUUUGCUAAUGGAGGAGUAGCCACUAUGAGGACCAGUGGGACAGAACCAAAAAUCAAAUACUAUUCUGAACUUUGUGCACCUCCUGGAAACAGUGACGUUGAGCAGCUGAAGAAGGAAUUAGAUGAAUUGGUCAACGCUCUUGAAAAACAUUUUUUUCAGCCAGAGAAAAACAAUCUUCAGCGAAAGACAGAGUGAACUAACAAAACGGCUAGCUUAACUGCAUUUGUUUUUGCAGCAUUAGAAAUGCAUUAUUUAAGUUGUAAGGAUUUUCAGGACCAAACAUCUGAGAAGUCAGACUAAA